ACGGCGAACCUUUUCCUAUAAAAGGACUACUCCCCCCACGGGAAGACCACGCACCCAGCCUUCUUGGAAUCGGGGAAUAUUCCGUCUGUCCUCACCUCAGAUACGCCAUGGGGAGCCUCGCGGCGGAGGUUGCCGCCGACUUCGGCGGUGCGCCGCGGAGGCCGAAGUUCCUCUGCCUCCACGGCUUCCGCACCAGCGGCGAGAUCAUGCGGACGCAGGUGGUGGGGAAGUGGCCCGAGGAGGUCACCGCCCGCCUCGAUCUCGUCUUCCCCGACGCCCCUUUCCCUGCCGAGGGCAAGUCCGACGUUGACGGGAUCUUCCCUCCGCCCUACUACGAGUGGUUUCAGUUCGAUAAGAGUUUCAUGGAAUACCGGAACUUGAACGAAUGCUUCGCGUAUAUUGAGAACUUGAUGAUCGAACACGGACCGUUCGAUGGCCUGAUGGGGUUCUCCCAGGGCGCAAUUCUCUCGUCGGCGCUCGUGGGUCUUCAAUCUCGGGGUUUGGCGUUGACGAGGGUGGCGAAGGUGAAGUACUUGGUCGUGAUCGGAGGGGCGAAGUUCCAGUCCCCGGCGGUGGUCAAGAAGGCGUACCCGUCUCCGCCGGACUGCACGUCGCUACAUUUUCUAGGUGACAUGGACUUCUUAAAGGCAUCUGGAGAAGCACUGUUGGAGUCUUUUGUGAAUCCUUACAUCAUCCGACAUCCGAAGGGCCACACGGUCCCGAGACUUGAUGAGAAAAGCAUGGAGACAAUGCUUGAAUUCCUGGACAAGAUAGAAGCCGAUCUGCCCUGUGAUGAAACCAAGCAUGAGGAAGAAGCCCAUUUAAGUUAACAUAGUAAUUAAAAAUUCAUACUCCUAAACAUUUGGAGCCUCGCUUCAUUUUCCAUUUUGCCUCAUAAUUUUUCGUUUGGCAUCCAGGAGCAUAUCUAAAAAUUAUGUCAGAUUAUGCAACAUUAUAGUUUGUCCACCUCAUUCAUUUAGUAGGAUAAAGGUGGCUGUUGAUGUUUGUAUUCAA